AUGAGGGCAAUACUGUUGGCAGUGGUUUACAUCCCGCUCAUUGUGGCUGUGGAACGAAUCCCUUUGAUUCGAUUCAAAUCUAUCAAGAAACAGCUGAAGGAAAAGGGAGAAUUAGAGGAAUUUUGGAGGAAUCACCACCCUGAUGUUUUUGCCCGGAGGUAUCUGCAUUGUUUCCCAGCAGAUAUUGCUUUAUCAGUAGGAACUGCUUCAGAAAGGCUGUAUGAUUACAUGAAUGCUCAGUACUACGGGGUGGUGAGCGUGGGGACACCGCCACAGAGCUUCACCGUCGUCUUCGACACCGGCUCCUCCAACUUUUGGGUCCCAUCCGCCUACUGCAUCAGCGAGGCCUGCCGGGUGCACCAGAAAUUUAAGUCCUUCAAGUCAGAUUCAUAUGAGCAUGGAGGGGAAGCCUUCUCCCUGCAGUACGGCUCAGGACAGCUUCUGGGCAUUGCUGGCAAAGACACACUGCAGAUAAGUAACAUCUCCAUCAAGGGACAGGACUUUGGCGAGUCAGUGUUUGAGCCAGGAACAACUUUUGUCCUUGCCCACUUUGAUGGUGUACUGGGCUUAGGCUACCCCUCCUUAGCAGUGGGCAAUGCUCUGCCUGUGUUUGACAGCAUCAUGAACCAGCAGCUGGUAGAGGAGCCAGUCUUCUCUUUCUAUCUGAAAAGAGGAGAUGACACCGAGAACGGCGGUGAGUUGAUUCUGGGGGGAAUAGACCAUUCUCUCUACAAAGGUUCAAUCCACUGGGUCCCAGUCACUGAGAAAAGCUACUGGCAAAUACACAUGAACAAUAUAAAGAUCCAGGGCCGGGUGGCAUUUUGCUCCCAUGGCUGCGAAGCCAUCGUUGACUCGGGCACUUCUCUUAUCACCGGCCCCUCUUCACAAAUCAGGCGAUUGCAGGCAUAUAUUGGGGCAAGCCCAUCAAAUACUGGAGAGUUUCUCGUAGACUGCAGAAGACUGUCGAGCUUGCCUCACAUAAGCUUCACGAUCGGACACCACGAGUACAGGCUGGCAGCAGAGCACUACAUCAUAAAGGAGUCUAUUGAUGACCAAACCUUCUGCAUGAGUGGCUUUCAGUCUCUCGACAUCCCCACUCGCAUGGGCUCACUCUGGAUUUUAGGAGAUGUCUUCAUGUCUGCAUUUUACUGUAUUUUUGACCGUGGGAAUGACAGAGUGGGAUUUGCAAAAGCUGUUCACAGAAAGGAUUACUACUGA